AUGUAUCCACACAUCCGGCGGCUGUACGUCUAUGAGCGUCGGACACUUCGAUACGUCAUAGCGCACAUAAGGGAGAAAUACAACUUCCAGGCUACGCCCCAGAUGUACAAGAAACGCUUUACCAAAUGGGGCUUCUACAAAAACACACGGCGAGCCCGUGUUAACUCGACUUCGCCUCGAAGCACAGAGCCAAGCGACGUGAUAUGGCAACCACAACUUACCUUGAUGCCCACUCUAAACCGCACUGAUAUGUCAAUCUUGAUAUUCCUCACGAAUAUACGGACCUGGUGUUCUGCCUUCUUUGAAACCGCACGGGAGUCGCACCUGGAUUUCUUAGAAGGCACUUCCCGACUCUCACUGCUACUCCCGUACAAGCAGACAGUAUCAUAUGACCAGGAGCAGAUUAGCGCAUCAUUCAGGCUCGUAGCGGACCUUCUCGUGCGUGGACAGGGUCACCUUGCCGGUCGACUCGCGCGCAAGGCGUUCUUGCAGAUCGAGCAUAUGUUACAGCUGGAAGGUCCUCCUUUUAUCUGGAAUUUGUUAGAGAUUCUACAUAAUAUCAUGUACCUUAAACAGGGUCGGCUAUUCAGUAUGCUGAUUAUUCAUCUCAUGAGCCUCGCUCAAUGUCAUUAUCCGGAAAACCACUCAAUCGUCCAACUGCUGCAAAGCUUGUGGCAUAUAUCCAAGUCUUCGGAGAACGACUUUAUCCAGUUGCUACCAGCAAUACUGGAACGAGGUUGGUUGCUAAACGCAGAUAUCUUGUUUAGUAACUUUAAUGAGCGGUUUCUUCUUCUGUACUACCGCCUCAUGUGGAAUUCUGGUUUGCUUCGGCUCACAGAAGACAAGUUGCGCGAAGCCGACACAUGGUUCUCGUUACUAAGUCUCAGAGUCCCUAUAGAGGCAAUCAUGGAGGGUACUGCCCGCCUCCAUCCUGCCGUGGAUUUUGCACCUGCUGACGCAAGUAACCUUCCGCCUGCAAAUUACGAAGAUCUCAAAAGGAAGGCCAUUGCUGACCUCCACGAACGAGCCGAGUUGGAGUCGCCAGAGCCAACUACUAGAUUUCGCCUGCUAUCUGGAUUACUCAAGAGCAGAAUUCUUGAUGAGAACGUGAAAUUCCCAGACGAAGGAGGCAAGGAAGGUAGUAACCUUAUAAUGGAUGAUAAUGCCACAGUAGAAACUCGUGGCAGGGCAACUCGCCUGCACGCCAGGAUCCUCGCGUAUAUAUUAGACCUUUUUACGUAUAUCGACAUGGAGAAAGGCGGCAGUGAGAACAUUAUCAUCGAGAGACUAAACAAUACCAUCGCUCUCCGUGACUAUGGAGAAGGUGUAACCGCUCCGCAGGUUAUAGUCGAGAUAUGGCGAUUACGCGACAUGCUGUUACAAAAAGGCAAGUUGCUGGAAGCGGCGGAGAUGGGGAAAACAGCACAAAAGAGACUCGAGCAGUAUCUCGAGGAUAUGCCUUGCCUACACAUCUAG